GCAUCAUUUUUCAGUGACGGAGGAAAUCGCAUAGAAGAAAAGGGCCUACAGCUAUCCUUGGUCAGUGGAGUUUGGGUUAUGUUUAAUCCAGCCGCAAAUAAUAACGGGUCCAAAAUCAAAAUCACUAAAUCAGAAACCAUGGCUGACCACCGGGGUUGUGAAAUUACUGCUUCCUUCUGACCAUAAUCAAUGAAGCUUUUACUCCUUCCAUUAAGAUGCCGACAUAUUUCCGGUGAAGAAGCGAGACUCUAGACAAACAGAGGUGGUGGUCCGGUUUCAGCUCUCUCUACUAAAGGUUUCAUGGUGGGAGCAAAUAUGGCCUUUUACUUAACAAGUCUGAAGCUCCUCCUUGUACCUAGAGAUUCCAAAUCAAGGUUGCUUGCUGCUCUUUCAUGUCCCAAGUUUGUACCAAUUCACUUGACAUUAUCUCGGCCUUUCACUGCAACGCGAUACAAGAAGCUGGGCUGGUCUCUCAGAAGCGCAGCUGAUGAUAAUCGGCUAAAUUCAUCAUCGUCUUCUUCUUCUUCAAAUGAGUCGAGUGGGGGGACUAGACUUAUUAGGACCAUCCAAGUGUUUCAGUUCAAGCUAACUGCACGACUAAGAGAGCUAACGAAAAACCUGCCUGUCAAACUCUUCUCUUUCUUGGUGGGCUUCUAUUGUGCCACUGCUUUUGCCACUGUGAUAGGACAAACUGGGGACUGGGACGUGCUGUCAGCUGCUUUGACUGUUGCUGUAGUAGAGGGUAUUGGAGCUCUUAUGUACAAGGCCUCUCUUCCUUUGGUCGAUAACAUAAAGAAGGUAAUCAUCAUAUCCAAUUAUUGGAAGGCUGGACUUUCUCUUGGCUUAUUUCUGGAUUCAUUCAAGUAUUAGGCUUGAAAGGUGAUGGCUAGCCUAGAUUUGGUCUAACUGGAACUAUGUAUCCUAAACCUAACAUCAAGGAAUUAGAAAAGCAAUGCUGAGGGGUGGAGGAUGACCUUCAGGUUUGCUUCUGUUUGCUACUUGCCUACAUUCUCCUUAACAUUGUUUAGUUUGACAUUUUGACUCUUCUCAACUCUGUCGGGGGAUAAGUAGAUAUUACAGAGAGAACGAUAAUGAUAUUCAUUUAUUUUGUUGUUAGGUACUUGGUCUACCGAACGAGCAACUUGUUUGUAAAUGGAUAUGAAAUUACAGCAGAAAUCAUGUUGUUGUGCUUCUCUGGUUCAUUCGGUAAUGGUUAGGCGAAACAAGAAAAGCAGAUGGCGACUUGAAAUGGAGGCUCAUUUUCGUGUCUCAACUCUGUCGGGGGGAUACGUAGAUGUUAUAGAGAAAGAACGAUAGUGAUAUUUAUUUAUUUUGUUGUUAGGUACUUGGCCUACCGAAUGAGCAACUUGUUUGUAAAUGGAUAGGAAAUUACAGCAGAAACCAUAUUGUUGUACUUCUCUGGUUCAUUCGGUAAUGGUUAGGUGAAACAAGAAAAGCAGACGAUGACUGGAAAUGGAGGCUCAUUUUCGUGUCGUGAUGAUGGUUUACGUAGAAACUAUAAACAAGUUUGUGGUGUUGCAAGUCCUAGGUGAUGUAAUUUGCAAUUCCUCUGUAUUACAUUUGCUCUUUAUGAGAAGGAAGCCAUUUGUCCA